AUGACAACAACAAUGAAAUGUGGUAAUAAUGGAUGUGGUAAAGAAUUUACAGCAGAAACCAUCGAUCAAUGCUGCUAUCAUCCUGGACAAGCAGUAUUUCAUGAAGGUUUAAAAGGAUGGUCAUGUUGUAAAAAGAGAGUAACAGAUUUUGAUGAGUUUUUAGGUAUUACAGGUUGCACAACAGGAACACAUAAAGUAGCAGAACCAAAAGCAGCAUCAAAACCAAUUGUUCAAUCUACCACAACCAGUGAUGUCACCGGAGGUGUAGUCGAACAAAAGAAAGAAACCCACGCACAUCCAUCAGAUAAAUUUAUGCCAAAACCAAUCAAAGUCGAUCCAAAUUCAACCAACGCAAAUACAACUGCAGCACCAAAACAAUUUAUAAAAUUACCAGAAUAUGUCGAAGAGAACGAUCCAGAAGAUGCCGUUAUUCCAGAGGGCGCACAAUGUUGCAGAAAUAGUUGCAAAGCAUUUUAUAAAGACGAAUCAUCACGUACCGAGGAAUGUCAUUACCAUCCAGGCGAACCUGUAUUCCACGAAGGCUCAAAGGGAUGGUCUUGUUGCAAACCAAAAGCUGCAAUUUUCGAAGAGUUUUUAAAAAUCAAAGGCUGCAAAACCGGCAAACAUAAAUUUAUCCCACCACCAAAAGACGAAUCAAAGGUCGAAUGUCGUCACGACUGGUAUCAACAAUUUGAUGCCAUCAUUAUGACAAUUUACGCUAAAAAUGUUGAUAAAGUAAAUUCAAAAAUUCAAUUUGUAGAUAACCAAACUAUCUCUGUCGAAUUAAAACUCCCAAACGAAAAGAGUUUCAAAAAAGUAUACGAAUUAGCAGGUACUAUCGAUACAGCCAAAAGUAACUUUAUGAUUUUAUCAACCAAAGUCGAAUUCAAACUUAUUAAAGAUCCACAAGAAUCUUGGUCAAGAUUAGAAAAAAGUGAAUUGGACUUGUACAGAUAUCAAGUUUAA